AUGACUUUUGCAGUGAACUCUCCGCCCGACUCGGAUGUGGUGUCUGAGAGCUCCCAAUCGCACAGUUCGAGCGCCUCAUCUAAAACUUCUGGUUCGACCAGUAGUUCUCAUUCGAACUCUUCGAUGUCAUCAUUAGGUUCUUCGGGCACUAGUAGUCGCGUCAGUGGACGCAACAAACGGGAGUCAUCACGAAGGCCGAGAUCUCGCUCUUCGCGUUCAGACAUCUCUGCGAUAGAGAACCAUAAAACACAAGUCUCUGCCAUAGAGAACCACAUAAUCCCUCUUCAACCCAAUGACUUGGUUUGGGCCAAAUGUUCCGGUUAUCCCUGGUAUCCGGCACUGGUCUGUACACUACUCAGCACUAAAUUAGUCGUUAUAACUAAAAGUGAUGAUAACUAUAAUUACGUACAGAUCGUUGACCCGGACCUACCCGACUGUCCCAAUGGAGACGGGCCUCCGGUUCCGCCCAAUGAGGUGCUGGCGAUGGCCAACAAAGAGGACCGAAAUAAUCAGUAUUUGGUCUCAUUUUUCGACCAGAAGCGCACGUGGCAAUGGUUACCUCGUAAUAAGUUGGAGCCGUUGGGCAUUGAGGACAACACUGAUCAGCAAAAGUUGGUUGAGUCUCGAAAGCCGAGUGAUAGGCGAUCGGUUAAUAUAGCGUUCACUAAAGCACUCGAAUUCUUCGCUCAGAUCCAUUGGUUUCGCUUGCGAUGCCUGACAUCACUUAUAAACUUUGAAUAUCUGUCUCCCAUCUCGCGAUCCGACACAUCGACCGACUCGUCCAUCCCUUCGUUGCCAUUAUCUUCACUCUUGCGAUCCAAGUCUUGCAUCAAUUUCUCCACCUCUGGAUUCAUACCACGAAAAGACAUUCUUCCGGACACCAGUCCCUCGCAGUCACCACCGGAUCCGUUAUCGCUGUUGAGUUUGUUUUUAUUCUUCGACAGCGAACCACACUUUGGCUUUCGUGAAGACAUUGUCACCAAACAAACCAACGAUCACUUCUUCAGCACCAAAACACAAACACCAUUCAAUGGAUGGCAAUCCGGACACAAAUUGUUGCCAAUUAGUGUCCAAUCGGAUCCAACAGAUCCGCACACGAAGACAGAGUAUUUGAUGGACACGAGUGGCAACCAGUUAUACGAAAGCACUCUUCAGACCAACAAAUUUCAGUCAUUUUUGGUGAAUAAUGCCGUCGUUUCGGAUGGCAAUUACUAUGUCUUUACGCCAAUGGAUGUCCUCUUCGUUGUGUUGCCAUCGCUUAUGAAUAAACGAAAACAUUUUCACUCAAUGUAUGAGAUAUUAAGCGAUGUUUUGGACGACAAAGAAUUGGUCGCAAAGUUUGAUAAAUGUCUUACUUAUGAGAUAUUGGCUUCAAUUACGGACAUUAAAUAUAUUAACGAAGAAAUGUUUGUCCGCUUUAACUGUCAAAAGACAAUGGAUUGGUUGUCGAAGAAGAUCGACAACACUGUAAAUGCAAUGAUUGAAAACGGGAUAAAUGUCUCGUGCGAUGGCUCUAAAGUGAGCGGAUAUAAGACCGGCAAAGAGGACGCCAAUCGAGAAAAGGGUUAG